GAAACGCGCGUCCUGGAUUCCACUGCUAGCCACUAUCCAUCUUUGCUCAUCUUCUUUCGUUCACAAAACUGACCUGCCUCGGCUUUUAUGCCCAUUUUAACGGUUUCUAAAAUCCACUUCUUUGAUGGAAAUUUUAAAAGAUUAAACAUUAAGGUUAUCAAGUCCUUAGUUUUAGAAUCCCUUGAAGAUAGAAGAUCUUUAAGAUUUUGCCACUAAAUAUUUUUAAAAUGAGUGAUAUAAUUCCAGCCAUGUAAAAUAUAUCAUACGUAUAUUUACAGAAACAUAAAAUGUGUUAUAGUUGAGAUGACGUAUUGGACAUGAUUAGAACUACAGUAGUCGGUGUGAAGAAGUAAAAAAUCCUCCUGAAUAAUUAAAAAGGCAUGCAUGAUCAAUGCUAACCUCGAUUGUCAAAAUAAGCCUAACGAAAUGAAUGCGAAUGGCCAAGCGCUCACUCCAUAUCCUCGUUUUUGAUUGUUCACGUCAGAUUUCUUAUCUAUGUACAUGAUUUUCAGUGUGAAUGCUUCAUAUUUGUCUACUUCUAAACUUGGCCAGAUAAACCAUUUUUACCUACUACCAUUAAUUGCUUUGUUAGUAUGUUUGAGAUUAACUCAAUAUCGCCACAUUCAUACAAUCUAAUUGGAGUCAGAUCCAUAGGCCACUAAAGUGGAGAGCCCUUUCGACAACAUCGUUCGAUCUAAACAACGACAAAAUAACGGGCCCCACUAAAACGUUAACUAAAAGCUAGUUUGAAUCAAACACUAUGAAUAUUUUUUAUUACAGAAAGCCAAACAUCAUAAAUGAAAACUGACAUUAGUAAUAUCUGAAAAGAAAAAAACAAUGUUCACUCAGCAAUGUAUUGCUUAUUACAUUGGUUAAACAUUUCCAAACAAUUGCCAACAUGAGGCUAGUUGAUUAGAGGUCAUUAGCUCUAUAUAUAUACAUAUACUAGUUUUCUCAUCUGUACAAAUACUUGGCAAGUAUAACAUUACUCAAUGAAAAAAGAACACCUUUCCCAUAUUUAGUUGAAGUUAUCUAUCAUCUAUGUUUGCUCAUUGUACAUUCGCUACAUUUUAAUAACCGAUUUGUAGUUCGUUUCUAAUCCUGCACAAAAUAUUUCUGUAAACCACGAUAUCAUGUAUAUACUCCUGGACUUUCAAAUACUGAAUACAGUUGAUUCUGAAUUGUAAGGAGAUUGAUUAUGAAUACAGUGAUCUUGAGUGUUGUUAGAGGUAUGACGGCGGUUAUCACUGCCUUGUCGCCAAUGGUAUGCAAGGAUUCCUUCAGAAAUACCUGAAAAUUAAAUUGGGUUAGAGGUGAUCUUAAUGAUCUGAUAACGUGGCUGCAGUGUGCAACAGACAAAUGCUUGAGGCCAGUCACACAAUACCUUUUUGUGAGUAGUUUUCAUGUUCGCCCCUUAUUUGUUGGAACCUUACUGCCGGAGAUGGAAAUCUGUGGGAUAAGGUGAGGUGUGCACUUUUAGGGUCGAGCUUUUUAUCCCCACGCCUCCUUGUGGGAAGGCAGCAUCGCCGUUAUGCUGGUUUUCUGAAAGAAACACCUUAAUGUCAUCACAUCUCUGUACAGUCAGCAGUACGACUUCGGACCUUGAGUUUGCUGUUUUUAGUUUUACCGCUCUUCAACCGACCUGUUUGUCAUGGUAGUCCCUUGAGUAACGAUUGUUCCAGCCGGUAAAGCUCGAUUUGUUCAUUACGAAACGCAAGCCCAACAACCACAUCAAGGCAGCAGCAACAGUUGGGAACUGAAAUAAAUGGAUUUAUUUUAUUUCGUUAUUAUUGGUAUUUUUAAUACAGCCAAAUUGAUGGAAAGAAACUAAGCAGUUGUAUAUUGAAUAAUUGGUCUGUUAAUGAUGAUUGUCUAACUUGUAUUUGCAUCUUCCUCAUAAAUACUUUUUUCAACUUUGUAUGACAAAUGGAACUAUUCAAAUUAUUGUAUUGACUAGGAUUCCCGAAACAGUACACUCUAGGUCAAAUAGAACUAGGUGAACACAAACGAACGUAUUGUAUUUAGAAUUCGAGAUCAAGCUGGCCAUCAAGUACAAAUGAAUCAUUAGUUCAUACAAACAUCACACUUUGACAAAAAUUAUUCGGGGUUCCAAACAUUUAAAAAUAAUUUCAUGGUUCAAGAUUUAUUUUAUUUUAAUCAAAACAAAACUUGAAAUCAAAAAAUAGAUUUUAAACCAAGCAAGCAUGACAACUGAAAAAUACAAUCAAUUGCAUUGUAAUUGAUUGCUUUCUUCUUCUCAGCUAUAUUCAAAUGAAUAAAUUUGGAUUCUCAGAAAGGGAUUUUGUGGAGAUUGUAUUAAUUUAAUAGUUGAAUUCAUCGAUCGAUUAAGGCUAGACCACAUUGGAAAAUCUGAAAGCACUAGACAGCCGUUUCAUCCUAGUGUAAGACUCUUCAUCAGUGCACGUUCACGAUCCCGCUCUCGGAAUUCAAGCCAAGGAUCUUUGAUCCUGAAUGCCGGCUCAGUGGCUAAGAGGUUAAGCGUUCGCGCACGAGACCGAGGUUCGAAUCUCGCAAGGCAGGAUCGUGUAUGCGCACUGUUGAAGAGUUCCACACUAGAACGAAACGUCCAUCUAGUGCUUUUAGGUUUUCCAUGAUGGUCUAGCUUCAAUUGACUCAUGAUCUCAACUAUUGAAAUAGUAUGCAGUUACAUAAACUAAAUAACACUUAUUGUUAUAAGUAAAGAAAGAUUUCUAUUACACUAUUGUAGAUAUACUGAUCUAAAUUUCAUUAAUACUGAACAACAGUUUUUUUCACAACUCGUUAUCUCUUAAUGAUCAUAUUGGUUCCACUGAAAACUCAUAGAGAUUACUAGAUAUAAGUAAACCUCACUCACGUUAUAGUGUAUCAAUAGACUUUAUUCAAUACUGAAAACAUCGCUUCUCAUAACUUAUCACUGUUAUGUCAAAAACAAAAACAGGUUAGAACUAAACGUUUUGGAUUAAAAUUCAAAUGGACUUCGAUUCACUACUAAAUAUUGACACUUGAAAUAAUAAUACAUAUUCAAUAUCAUUUUACUGAUUAUAAAUUGUAGCUAGACCAUCAUAGAAAACCUUGAAACACUGUACGGCUGUUUUGUCCCGUUGUGGGACUCUUCAACAGUGCACACCCCUAAUCCCUCCUUGCGAAAUUCAAACUAUAAAAAUCACUAUAAUAUCCACAAAGCCCCUAUUGAUUAUAAACGAUUGAAUUAAGCUUAAAAAAUUUGUUUUAUUUAACUUCGAAACCCAAAUAUAUACAUAUAUGUAUGUCCAGUAUUUAUAUAACUCAUGUAUUACCAUUUUAUCUGUCUUGUAUCUCAGUGUGACUAGAUAUUCAAUGGAAUAAUACUGUAAAUUUAAUUGUAUGGAAUAAGUUUAAUUUGAUUGAAAUCAGGAUAAACAAAUUUUAGAAAGUUGUUUAUCUUACCAAUAUGAUUUGUUCAAAUAAAUAGGUUUAUAGAUCAAAUUGUUAUGUGACAAAAUUUAGAAAAACCAAAACCAAAUCACUGACUAGAUAAGUGUCCUGUGUUUAUUGAUUUAUCUUAAUUAUUUUCUCGUUAUCAGUAUAACACCGUUGGAUGCCGUCUCAGUGGUUCUAGAGGUUAGGCGAUCGCUCGCGAAACUGAAGGCCCUCGGUUCGAGUCCUGUGAGCGGGAUCGUGGAUGAGCACUGCUGAGGAGUCCUACAGUAGGACGAAACGAGCAUCCAGUGCUUCCAGGUUUUCAAUGGUGGUCUAACAUCGAUCGGUUCAUGAUCUUAAUCAAUAUUUUCUAAUUAUCAAUGAAGUAGCAAUAGAUGAACGGAACACAAUAAAGAAAAUGGACCAAACACUAAAGUUAUAGAAGGAAAAAAAACUACAACCAGGUCCGUUGUGAGAUAUCAUCUCAAUGAAGACAAUGGUAUAUGGUGGCGCAAAUUCGUGGAUUGGUUGAAGUUAGACAUUAAGACCAUUGGAUGCCGGCUCAGUGGUCUAGUUGGUUAAGCGCCUGGCGCGAGACCAAUAGGUCCUGGGUUCGAACCUCGCGGAGUGCGGGUCGUGGAUGGGCACUGCUGAGGAGUCCCAUACUAGGACGAAACGGCCGUCCAGUGCUUCCGGGAUCUCCAUGGUGGUCUAGCUUCAAUUGACUCAUGAUUUCAAUCUGUGAAACAUAGAAUAACAAGAUAUAAUUAAAUCCCUUCUAAAUCAUAAGAAUAUGAGAUCGAAAAUCAAGGACAAUCGAAUAGCCUUACACGCAGGUAGCUAACUUGUUGUAGUUCGAAUUUUCAAUUCCAAUCAGUUUUCAUUUGUACGGAAAUGUGGAGAUUGUUGAAUGUUAUUUAGAUCGAAAACGGAUAUAAGUUAGAAAACAGUCAGUUGAAGAUAAAUUUUAAUGAUAGAUAUUCCUUAACUAAUUUCAUAUUUCGGAAGGUAAAUAGUAGUACCAUAGUACUUAUAAACAUUUUUCUCUUCAAAGGAUUGGAUGGUUUUAUUAGAAUGAAUAUAUUUUGAAAAAAUUAUAAAUUUGACAUUAUAUAGCUUAAAACCUUUACAGUACAAAGCAAAUCUGGUUAAAUGUCUCAAACUUUGACGUUAAGACGAUGAUCUAUUAAUAGUAAAUAUCAACAUCACGAUGAGUGCAGACAAGUACGGAAUAGGCCAAAAUAUAAAUCUUGGAUUCUAUUUCUAUCUACUGAAGCGGUUAGGAUAUGUGUUACGGAUUCUCAACAAUCACGUACUUUUAUGGGAAGUGCCUUUUGAAGCCAGAAUAGAUUGGAAAGAAGCUAGGGGAGUUGAAGUAUGGAGAGAAAAAAUGUAACGAUGACAAACAGAGGAAACUACUUUUGGGAUACCUUUUUUAUUUAGCUGAAUCCAAAGUUUGUAAAGUACUAAUAUUUAGUUUGUCCUCCCUGUUUUAUUUGUUGAAUCAUAAGUUUUCAUUUAAUUUAUUAGUUACUGUCAAAUUACUUUUUACUCUACAAUUACUAAAAUUAAAACGUGACGUUUGUAUUUUAUUUUCCUACUCUAAUGCCCGACUCAUUUUGCUUGUAUAAUGCGGCAACUUAAACGGAGUCACAUAUGAAACAGGUUCUACUCUGCCUAUAAUUGAUUGAUCAACUGGAUUUCAAUACUAAACUUUACUCGAAAUAUUAUAUUUUCGUUAUAAGCCAAAAUGGAGGCUAGCAAUGGAAUCCAAGACACGCGUUUCAUCCUAUUUGGGACUCGUCAGCUGGAUGUACCUGCACAUCACAGUUGAUUUUCACUCUGGGACUCGAACCCGUUACAGUUCGCUUCAAACGCCAACACAUUAACCACUUUGCUUAUAAUGCUUGUAAAUUAAGGCAAUAUCGAGGCAAUACGCACAGUAUGCACAUAUGGCAAUAAGAGACUGAUCAGUUGCAGUCCUAAAUAUCAAUGGCUGAUGUGAAUAUAAGUUAUGUAAUAAGAAAUUAUCAAAAUCCUUAUAAUUUGGAUAGCAGAUUAAGAAAAUGUGAAGCAUUAAAUGUUUUUGGUGAUCACUGUGAUCCAUUUUUUCAUUUUGCUGCUUAUACAACAACUGAAAAAUGGGAAAAACGUUCAACGUUGCGUAAAGAAGCUGGACCAUUUGUAAACUCAAAAUAUAUCGAUCACAUUCUCGACACGUAUGAAAUACAGCCAAUAUUUCCGGAUGCCAUAGAAAUUGAACUUGAUAUUCAUGAUAGUGAUAUAGAUGAAGAUCAACGGAUAGCUCUAUUUAGAAGAACAGUUCCACUUGAAACUAAAGGAAAACAUGAAUUUCGGAUGGGUGUCGAUGUCAAAGUUGAAGCCCAUAUUGAGAUAACUUGUACCAAAGAUUAUUAUGGACAGCGUUGUGAGGUAUAUUGUACACCUCUAUAUGGUUUAUGGGAAUGUGACGAGAAUACCGGUGCUAGAAUAUGCAGUAAACCGUGUUUACAUGGCAAAUGUGUUCUCACAAGUAUCAGUGCAAUAUGUGAAUGUACAUUAAAUUGGCAUGGUGAAUUUUGUCAAACUCCUAUUGAAUCUAAACUUAUAUCAACUAUUUUAGCUCCUGAUAUAAAAACAAUUCAUAUUGCUAAACCAUUACAAAUUAAUCAAUCAAUUAGAAAUCAAACUAGAUAUAUUCAUUUAAAUAAUAAAAUUAAUAAAUUAUCCAUGAUGACAACAACAGCAACACUACUAGCAACAGCAACACCACCACCAGCAGCAACACCACCACCACCAGCAACAGCAACACCACCACCACCAGCAGCAACAACAACAACAACAUUUCAAUCUAAUUCUAUAAAUAAAAUAAAACAAAUGGAGAUGGGAAAGUAUAAUGGAACAAUUCAAGUUGUUCAAUUAAAAUUUGAUAAUGAACACCUUAAUAUUGAUCAAUUUAAUAAUGAUACUUUGUUUACUUUAACAACAAGAAAUACUCAAAUAAAUUUAGAUCAAUCCAAAGUAUCGGCGAUUGAUAACAAUUCAGAAACAAUGAAACAAUCUGAUGGUAACAUGAAUCAUCUAUCUGGUCAAUUUUCUAAUCAUGAAACACGUAAUUAUAUCAUUUUAGCGUUCAUUAUAAUAGGUUUAUUGAUAUGGCUUAUUAGUGUUCUUAUCAUUGGUUUCGUGUGUUAUCGCCGUCGACACAACCGUAAAGUAUCUGUUCGUAAAAGUGCUUUAUGGACAAAUAUUAAUUAUGAACCAAAUUUAUAUCAAACAAAUUUACCAUCACCAACAGAACCCUUUAUAAAGCAACAAUAUGAUCAUGAAACUUUACAAAAUAAUAUAAAAUUAAUUACAAAUAAUAAUCAAAUCAAUUAUUCUUCAUUAAAAAAAAUAUCACCAAAAAGUGUUUUAAGAAAUUCAUCAACUUUACCAAAACUUCCAAUCAAUGAACAUCAUCAACGUAGAUCAGUACAUUAUAUACGUACAUCAAAUGAAUUAUCUAAAUUACAUUUUAGUACUAUAUCACAUAUACCAAUAUCUAGUCCAUCAUAUUCAAUAGAUACACAACAAACAAAUUUAUCACCAACUGAUAGUUGUCAACCAAUAUGUGAUACAACAUAUGAAGAAUUAACAUGUUGUAUAAAUGAUCAUUUACAUUGGAAACAUAAUAAUUUAUUAAUAGCGCCUAAAUUAACAACUUUUCAAUGACAAGUAUUUCAUUCAUUCAAUGCUUAUAUAUAUAUAUUCAAUUUAUCAUCAUUCUUACCUUUAUUCAAAAUCUAUGUCAGAUAUAAGAAAUAAAUAGAAGAAAAAUGUAUAUUGAUUCAUACCUAGGUUGAACAGACUGGUAAACACCUCUCCUAUACGAAUUUAUUCCAUUUUCGUUCAUGAUUUGUCUACUAUGAUGUACGCAUGAAAUAUUUGCUGCAAAUACAAAAAGAAUUGAUUGUUGCAUAUGCUGCACGAAUAACAUAGGAAAUGACAUCGUAUCUAAACCAUCUUAUUAUUUAAGUUCCUCAUUUCAGAUUUACCUGUUACUUCAUGAAAGUAUAUCAUAUAAAAUGCUGUUCUGCUUUAAUCGUAUUAUUCA